CUCUGGUGGGAGGGUUCAUUCCAGCCUGCAGACAUCCGGAUUCAGUUCUGCACAUAUGUGUGCCAUGGCAUCUUCACUGAGGAGUCUGGUUAAUGAUGAUAGCCGAUACCAGAAAUCCUUCCAGAUUUUUUUGGAGCGCUCCUCUGAACACCAGUGUAUGCGGGACUUCAUCCACAAUAAACUGCCAGACAUACUGGCCAGCAUUGGAGAUGGAAAGUCACAUCUGAAUAUCAUUGGAGUUGGAAGUGGAGCUGGUGAGAUUGACCUAGAGAUGCUCUCUGAGCUCCAUAAGAAGCACCCAGAGGUGACAGUGGAUAACGAGGUGGUGGAGCCUAGCUGCCAGCAGAUAAAUAACUACAAAGUUUUAGUGUCGCAGAAACCAGAUUUAGAUUACGUCAAGUUCCACUGGAACACGAUGACCGCCUCUGAGUUUGAGGAGCACUGGAAAGCAGAAAAGAUAACCAAGAAGGUGGACUUCAUUCACAUGAUACAGAUGCUAUACUAUGUGAAGGAUCCCGAAGCAACUGUCAGAUUCUUCCAGAGUCUUCUGGGUAAAAAUGGGAAACUUCUCAUAAUUCUAGUGUCUGGCGAGAGUGGUUGGGGAAAGCUGUGGCGGACCUACAAAACAGAGCUCUGUAAUCCAGAAAUAAGUCAGUGUGUGACCACUGGAGACAUCAAAAGCUUCCUGGACUCCAAGGGAAUGAGCUACCAGAGCUACGAGCUGCCAUCUCAGAUGGAUAUCACCGAGUGUUUCACUGAAGGGGAUGAGAAAGGAGAGCUGCUUCUUGAUUUUCUCACUGAGGUGUUGGAUUUCAGUAAUACAGCUUCACCUGAGCUCAGAGCUGGAGUCCUGGAGAUGCUUCGGCACCCAGACUGUAGUGUGGAGUCCAAUGGUAAAGUUAUCUUUAACAACAACCUUGAAGCUAUAAUACUAGACCAGCUCUCCUAAAAAUAUGCUAUCAGUACAGUAAAUGCAAGCAGUAGAUGGAUAACAUUGUUUAAUUAAUUUUGCACUUGAUGUAUAUAAGCUAGACUUCUGUACACACCUGCGUCCAUUCAACUGUUUUACUUACUAAUAAAAUAAUUAA